AUGUUGAACAUGGAAAGGAAAACGUUUUGUAGGAGAUUGUGUGCUGUACUAUUCUUUACAAACUGUGUUUCAGGUGAGUCAAAAACACCACGGGCAAUUCAAAUCUAGGCUAGCCUACAAUACUAAAAGCUGGACACUAGACAAAUAGUAUAGACGGGGUUUAGCUGAAAACAAUGCACACGCGUCAAUGGGGCAGAAGUCCAUGUGUUGUUGUGAUUCAGGAUGGUCAGUGACCGUGUUUACCUGCGCACAGUAUCCCGGAGUGUAGCUCAAAUCCCGUUUAAUAGCGAAUAUCCCGCUUUAAGGUUUUAUUCGGGAUAAACUGUUUACAUACACCUUUGAUAUCCGCUCACGAGUAUCCCUGUACCAUAAAUAAAAAAUACUCCUAAUUUAAAUUCAUGUGGGGAUAAAUGUAAUAGUAACUGAAAUCUGACUGACUGUAGUCCUAUAACCUCUCACAUGUAGCCUAAUAUGAUAUUAACUCCUGCAGAAAUAUGCAUUUGUUGCAGUAAAAUGGUACAUCAAAGGUUAAUUUUGUCUCGGGAACAGCAGCGGAUAAAUAUUUUUUUACAUCUACAUUUUAGUCAUUUAGCAGACGCUCUUAUCCAGAGCGACUUACAGUAGAGUGCAUACAUUUUCAUAUAUAUAUAAAUAUCAUUUUCGUAUGAUUUCUUUCUUUCAGCAUCUCUUGAGAAAAUGCGAAUGUGAGUGGAACAUGUUGUUAUCUUUGACACUGUUGUGCAAGUAGACAGUAUUUCAACCACAUACAAUAUGUACCCAAGAUAAACUGAAGUCUUAUCAGAAACGUGUUUCAUAGUUCUCAGAUUUUCAUUCCCUUAAAACUGAUCAAACUGAUAACAUUUGGACAUUUCGCACAGGACCAGUCUUUCCACUGUUUUGGAGUUAUUGCAUUUUUUCCCGGUCCCUAAAUGAAACAGACAACUUUAGCAGCGUUAACUACAUUACUAAUGCACUCAUUCUAUCGAAGUAAGACAUUAUUCUGGUGAGCACUACUUUAUUUAGUCUUCUGAGGAAACAAGUUAUGACAGAAGAGAAGCUGCAUGUAUCUAACUAUAGUUGACAAACAAUGUCCUACCGAAUGUCGGAAAUUAUAUUAUGGCCUACCAAAUGUCGGAAAAUAUAAGCAGAAACUUUUCUAAAUUAGGGGUGAAAGUAGCCUAAGCAAGUAGGCUAUAAGGUCCAGUACAGAGUAUCAGCAAAACAAAUGAUUAUUAUGGAACUUUUAUGGUGGAUUGAACUGCUCAGGUAGUCUACUUUUUGAAGUAAUUUGUUUGCCAAUCAGAUGAAAACAUCAUCACAAGACACUCAUGAUAUGCGAAACUGAAUAAUAACGGGAUAUUGGUGUGCAUGUAAACGUGGUCAAUGACAAGAAGCUGCCAUGUGGAGAAUCAGGUGGCUCGUUUCACAUCGUUUUAUCUUGUUCUUGGUACCAGGUAUUGUUUGAGGUGUUUCGACUGAUGUCAUGUCUAUGCUAAUAUGUCUAAAAUUCGCUAGCUAGCUAACUAACAACUGCAACAAUGUAUUUGAGAGACAACAAGUGCUCAUCGUGCACAUGUAUUUAGGUUUUCAAUCAAACAUUUGUAGACUAAAUAUAGUUGACAUGUUGUCAACAACCUAAGCCAACCCUGUCUGUUUUGCCCCGUAGUUGCUCACCGUCGGUUUCGUUGCUGAACAACCCACGGGUCUAUUUGGAUAAAUCACAUACUGCAUUUAAAAGCCACAAUGUCCUAAGUGUUUUGUUGGCAACUUCUUGGAUCAGCCUGGCUUAGGACAGGCACUAUCCCCUGUGACCCUCUCAUGCAAAGACACACUGUCCUAAUUAUUUCAGUUUCACUCAUUGUCAUUGUCUAACAUUACAUGUAGGUAACUGAUCUCGUUCUUCAUGUAGGUAACUGAUCUCGUUCUUCAUUUAGUUAACUGAUAUUGUUCUUCAUGUAGGUAACUGAUCUCGUUCUUCAUGUAGGUAACUGAUCUUGUUCUUCAUGUAGUUAACUGAUCUCAUUCUUCAUGUAGUUAACUGAUCUCGUUCUUCAUGUAGGUAACUGAUCUCGUUCUUCAUUUAGUUAACUGAUAUUGUUCUUCAUGUAGGUAACUGAUCUCGUUCUUCAUGUAGGUAACUGAUCUUGUUCUUCAUGUAGUUAACUGAUCUCAUUCUUCAUGUAGGUAACUGAUCUCGUUCUUCAUGUAGGUAACUGAUCUCGUUCUUCAUUUAGUUAACUGAUAUUGUUCUUCAUGUAGGUAACUGAUCUCGUUCUUCAUGUAGGUAACUGAUCUUGUUCUUCAUGUAGUUAACUGAUCUCAUUCUUCAUGUAGUUAACUGAUCUCGUUCUUCAUGUAGUUAACUGAUCUCGUUCUUCAUGUAGUUAACUGAUAUUGUUCAUGUAGUUAACUGAUAUCGUUCUUCAUGUAGGUAACUGAUCUCGUUCUUCAUGUAGGUAACUGAUCUUGUUCUUCAUGUAGUUAACUGAUAUUGUUCUUCAUGUAGUUAACUGAUCAUGUUCUUCAUGUAGUUAACUGAUAUUGUUCUUCAUGUAGUUAACUGAUCUUGUUCUUCAUGUAGGUAACUAUCCCAAGGCACAGAACGUUUCCUGGUUAUCUAUCAACUUCAAAACACUGCUUAUGUGGGAUCCUAAACCUUCCAACUAUUCAUACACUGUUGAAUAUUCUGUGUAAGUAAAUCAUUUACAUGCUCAUAUUACAGUUUAUUGCACUUACAGGAAGACCGAACAAGUGCAAUCAUUCCAUUAAAUUGCCAAGUAGUGUAUUUAUUUGCCACUUCAAUUAUUAUUAAAUGAAAAUGGAAAAAUCUCAGUUUCCUACAUAUCAGGUAAUUACGAAAUGCUACAUUACUUCCUACUUCUAUUCAUGAAAUGAAAUGAAAUGUCUCCAUGAAAUAUAAAAAAGACGGUGCCUAUAAUCCCAUGAUCAAGAGGAGGUCGGCACUAACCUAUUCUUCCCAGACUCAGUCUCUGAUCUUGAAGAGCCAGGUCGAUGUGUUGGAGACUCCGUCUCUGAUCUUGAAGAGCCAGGUCGAUGUGUUGGAGGGCAGUAGGAGGGAGAAUAAAUACUAAUCUCUGUUUAAUUGAAGUACAAUGUGUGUGACGUGGUGCAAUGAGUUCAAGAUUAUAACUCAAAUUCAAAGAUUACAAUUUGGUACUUUCUUAGUGUUCAACUAAGCAUUUCACUGUUAGUUUACACCUGUUGUCUACGAAGCAUGUUACAAAUACAACUUGAUUUGAUUUGAGAUGCUAAUCCAGACCUAACGCAACAAAACAAACAUGUUUUGAAGAUAAUGAUAACCCUACUAUUACGUCUAUUUCAGUAUUGGUCAGAUAAGAGAGUGGAACCAGCACUGUAUCCGGACCAUGGAGACUCAGUGUGACCUGUCCAACGCUCUGACUGACCUGAAGGCCACAUACUCAGCUGAUGUCUUCUCAGAACCCCUACAUAGAGUAAACUCUGACCUCACAGAGUUCCCCCACACCAGUUCGGAAGGGUUCACCCCUUACCAAGACAGUAGGUACUCCAGCAGUAACUGACUACAGUCAUACAGUGACAUAUUUUCCACAUAAAUCAUUGGGAAAAAGAGGGUUCUUCUAUAAAUCACUGGGAAAAAGAGGGUUCUACUAUAAAUCACUGGGAAAAGAGGGUUCUUCUAUAAAUCACUGGGAAAAGAGGGUUCUUCUAUAAAUCAAUGGGAAAAUAGGGUUAUUCUAUAUAUCACUGAGAAAAGAGGGUUCUUCUAUAAAUCACUGGGAAAAAGAGGGUUCUUCUAUAAAUCACUGGGAAAAAGAGGGUUGUUCUUUAAAUCAUUGGGAAAAAGAGGGUUCUACUAUAAAUCACUGAGAAAAGAGGGUUCUUCUAUAAAUCACUGGGAAAAAGAGGGUUGUUCUUUAAAUCAUUGGGAAAAAUAGGGUUAUUCUAUAAAUCACUGGAAAAAGAGGGUUAUUUCUAUAAAUCACUGGAAAAAGAGGGUUCUUCUAUAAAUCACUGGGAAAAAGAGGGUUCUUCUAUAAAUCACUGGGAAAAAGAGGGUGUAACUUUCUUUAAUUUGUAGUUCAACAGCAUGCCAGUGUCACCAAGUGGCGCCAGGUGUGACAAGCAAGCAUGUCAACCUCCGGUGUUAUUUCCCUUCCAGCGCUUAUAGGCAGACCUGAGUUCAAGAUUGAGGUGAGCAAAGACAAGAGGAAGAUCACCCUGUAUGUAAAAGACCCUCCCAUAGCCCUGUUCCACGAGCAGAACAAACUAAAGACCAUGCGGGAUGUCUUCGCUGAUGAGCUGCAGUACAAAGUCACCUUUGGGAAAGCAACAAGCACGGGCAAGGUAAGCUCAAAGGGGAGGACAAUAACAACACUAGAGAGUCAUAUUUACAGUUCCUCAGAGUACUCUAGGGCCCGGGGCCGAACCCAGUGAGAUAGAGGACAUGUCUCAAUGGUGUAGGUUCCUCAAAAGGAGCCAAGUCAAGGAAUGUAAUAUGCAGUGGAUGAUAAUGAGUUCGGCAAACGCUCACUUCUGAUUAUAUUGCAUGUGUGUCAUUAAUAUAUAUAUACUAGUUUAAUGACAUUACAACAGUAUUGAACAAGUAAUAGAAAAUGAAAAUACGGAAGAAGACACAAUACAAGCCCUUCCUUUGUGUAAUCGUCCCUCUAGAAAACAAAGAUCUCUGCCAGCAGUGAGAUAGAGCUAGACAGGAGGGAUGUUGAGCCUGGGGUGAGUUACUGCUUCAACGUGCAGGCCUACAUCCCCUCCCGCAGCGCAGACAAACAGCUGGGAGAGCUCAGUAAAAGACAGUGUUCACCAGGCGCCAAUAAGUCCAUCUUUGAAGGUAAGGAUACUAGCAAUGCCAAGGUUGUGGGUUCAAGUCCCACAGGGAUCACAUGCUAAUAAUAAAUGGAUGCUGUCACUCACUUGUGUUCAUUAAGGAAAUGUGGCCCAGUGAAAAUCGAACACUUACAGUUGAAGUCGGAAGUUUACAUACACCUUAGCCAAAUACAUUUAAACUCAGUUUUUCACAAUUCCUGACAUUUAAUCCUAGUAAAAAUUCCCUGCCUUAGGUCAUUUAGGAUCACCACUUUAUUUUAAGAAUAUGAAAUGUCAGAAUAAUAGUAGAGAUAAUGAUUUAUUUAAUUAUUUAUUUCAGCUUUUAUUUCUUUCAUCACAUUCCCAGUGGGUCAGAAGUUUACAUACACUCAAUUAGUAUUUGGUAGCAUUGCCUUUUAAAUUGUUUAACUUGGGUCAAACAUUUCGGGUAGCCUUCCACAAGCUUCCCACAAUAAGUUGGGUGAAUUUUGGCCCAUUCCUCCUGACAGAGCUGGUGUAACUGAGUCAGGUUUGUAGGCCUCCUUGCUCGCACACGCUCUUUCAGUUCUGCCCACAAAUGUUCUAUAGGAUGAGGUCAGGGCUUUGUGAUGGCCACACUUUGUUGUCCUUAAGCCAUUUUGCCACAACUUUGGAAGUAUCCUUGGGGUCAUUGUCUAUUUGGAAGACCCAUUUGCGACCAAGCUUUAACUUCCUGACUGAUGUCUUGAGAUGUUGCUUCAAUAUAUCCACAUAAUUUUCCUUCCUCAUGAUGCCAUCUAUUUUGUGAAGUGCACCAGUCCCUCCUGCAGCAAAGCACCCCCACAGCAUGAUGCUGCCACCCCCGAGCUUCAUGGUUGGGAUGGUGUUCUUCGGCUUGCAAACAUCCCCCUUUUUACUCCAAACACAACGAUGGUCAUUAUGGCCAAACAGUUCUAUUUUUGUUUCAUCAGACCAGAGGACAUUUCUCCAAAAAGUACAAUAUUUGUCCCCAUGUGCAGUUGCAGACCGUAGUCUGGCUUUUUUAUGGCGGUUUUGGAGCAGUGGCUUCUUCCUUGCUGAGCGGCCUUUCAGGUUAUGUUGAUAUAGGACAUGUUUUACUGUGGAUAUAGAUACUUUUGUACCUGUUUCCUCCAGCAUCUUCACAAGGUCCUUUGCUGUUGUUCUGGGAUUGAUUUGCACUUUCCGCACCAAAGUACGUUCAUCUCUAGGAGACAGAACGCAUCUCCUUCCUGAGCGGUAUGACGGCUGUGUGGUCCCAUGGUGUUUAUACUUGCGUACUAUUGUUUGUACAGAUGAACGUGGUACCUUCAGGCGUUUGGAAAUUGCUCCCAAGGAUAAACCAGACUUGUGGAGGUCUACAAUUUUAUUUCUGAGGUCUUGGCUGAUUUAUUUUGAUUUUCCCAUGAUGUCAAGCAAAGAGGCACUGAGUUUGAAGGUAGGCCUUGAAAUACAUCCACAGGUACACCUCCAAUUGACUCAAAUGAUGUCAAUUAGCCUAUCAGAAGCUUCUAAAGCCAUGACAUCAUUUUCUGGAAUUUUCCAAGCUGUUUAAAGGCACAGUCAAUUUAGUGUAUGUAAAUUUCUGACCCACUGGAAUUGUGAUACAGUGAAUUAUAAGUGAAAUAUUCUGUCUGAAAACAAUUGUUGGAAAAAUUACUUGUGACAUGCACAAAGUGGAUGUCCUAACCGACUUAACAAAACUAUAGUUUGUUAACAAGAAAUGUGUGGAGUGGUUGAAAAACAAGUUUGAAUGACUCCAACCUAAGUGUAUGUAAACUUCCGGUUUUAGGUGCUUAUCAUUUCUCACAGUGUGUGUGUGAAUCAUCAUGCUUCCCGAUAACACUCCACUAUCCCGUUUCCUCUCCAGAAUUUGGGCUCGGUGUGAUCGCUGGGUUCAUCCUCCUGAUCAUUCUGAUCAUAGUAGUGGCUAUCGUAGUCACAGUGGUGUGCUGCCAACGCACAAGGAAAGCCAACACAAGUGGAAAAGAGGGAGUCCCACUAAAAAGUGUGUAA